AUGGAAUGCUCUAUUUGUUGUGAAACUACAGAACUUUUAGAAUUGCAAUGCAGUUGUCAAAUCUGUUCAUGCUGUAUGUUAAAAUCAAUUGAUGCAAAAUAUUAUGAAGUAAUUGAAGAAAUUCAUUGCCCAGGUUCAUGCCAAAGUAAACAUAUCGUAUUAGGAUUAAUGUAAAAUAUGAAAGGAUUGAAUGAUCUUUUGCUGGAAAAAUAUAUAAAAACCACUUAAGACAUAAGGAUAUGUCCAAAAAAUGAUUGUUAAUAUAGUGGUAUAAUUAAGAACAAUUGUUAACAUUUUGAAUGUGAAUGUGGUUAUUAGUUUAAGAUAAUAGAUGAAAAGUGGAAUUUAAGGAGCAUAUUUUUGAAUUUUAUUACUAUAAAAGAUUGUCCUUAAUGUUAAAGAAGAAUUUUUAAAAAUGGGGGAUGUAAUCAUAUGACAUGUAAAUGUUAAUAUGAAUUUUGUUGGAUUUGUACAUAAAAUUUUAAAGAACAUAAUAAAUUCAAGUGUUCUUUAAACAUCAUUACUAAGAUAUCUUUAUUUAUAUUGAUGCUUUUAAAUAUUGUUUAUUCAUUGAGAUUACUUGUAAGUUUUAUGACUGUAGUAUUAAUAUUUGUGAAGUAAUUAUAGUAAAAUAUUUAGACUAACUUUAUUUAAUGGAAGUCUGAUAUUCUUAUAUUUGGGUAUUAAUGAACUGUACUAAAUAUCAAAAUUGAAUUUUGAAUGCUCCAAAUAUUAUAGUAAUGGAAAUGAAACUUUUAAAAGGAUUAUAAAUUAAAAAUGGAUAAUGUUUACAAUGCUUAUGGGUCAAUUUUUUCUUCUUUGUUUCUUUUUUCAUUUAUGCUACCAAGAAUAGUAUUAAAUUUAUUAAAAUAUUCAGAUUUUUCGAAACUUACUGUCAUUUCUUAUGUUCUGAAUUUUCAAUAUUUAUAGUAUUAGGAACAACACUUUGGAUAAAAUCUUAGAAAUGA